AUGCCCAUGCCUCCCAAACACUCAUCUGAACAUCUUACCACCCCAGAUAAUGUUUUCAAUGGCCCAAAAAGGGCAUGCCUUGGCUCUCCCUUGAUCAUGACCCUGACUAAAUUGGGCAGAGUCCUGCAGUCCGACAGCAACAAGUCUGAUGACAUGAUCAAGAACCCCACCAGUGGUGCAGGUUCCCCAUCCAAGCAAUUGGCACUGAUUGAUCUCUCUUGUUUUGACCUCCCCAUCUUUCCACACAAUCUGCACUGGGGUUAUGAUCAAGCAUUGGACAUGUCCAACUUCCUUGCACAGAGUGACAAUGUCCCUGUUCUUGCUUGGAUUAAAAAUGAUGCAUGGCCUGAUCAGGUGUACCUGAGUGUGAUGCCCAUCACUCAAGAGGACACUGAUGCCAUGACAGAGCUUUGUCAGGUUUAUUCCCAACCUGUCAAUGGCACUGAUUCCAAUAUGUUUGGAAGCAUCAUUGCAAAUUGCUUCCAGAAAGCUUAUGGAUUGGAUGGCACAUCUUCUGAAUUCAGCACUGUUUAUGAUGCUCAUGAGAAGAUGGCCACCAAAAAGUCUAUGGCAUGCUGGCCAGCCUCAGAUGUGAAGAAAGGCAACUUCAUUCUCAUGGAAAUGCACAUGUGCCAAAAAAAAGAGUGGAUGCACAAGAUCAAUUUUACUCUCAAUGCUGUUUACCUUUUGGAAGAGUCAAAAGUUCCCGAGCUUGAUGAUUAG